AUGGGAGCAAUUCUUUCGUUAUUCCAAGGAGGAGAAAAAGGGGAAAAGAUUAUUAUUGAUUUUGAGAAUGUUGUCCCUUCACCAGAAGAACAAGAAUUAUAUUCUUCAGUAGAACAAUGUCUUCAAAAAUCAUCUAAAAUUCUUCAAGAAAUUAGUGAGUAUAAAGGCUGUGAGGAUCUUAUAAGAAAAGCUAUCUCACAAGUUUCACCUGAAAAUGAAGAAGAAUGUUGGAAAGCUUUAAUUCCAAGAGUAGAUAUAUUAUAUGAAUUUUAUGAAUUUUCUAAUCAACUAAAGGAUAGAUUCAUUGAAAUUAUUCGUGUAUUAUCACAAGCAGAAGCUAAAUUAAGUUUAGUCAAUUAUCAAGCAUUAUCUAAACAACUUGGAUUAGUACUUGAUUUUGUAUUACAAUUCGAUAAUAAGAAAUUAGGAAAUUCUUCCAUUCAAAACGAUUUUUCAUAUUAUCGUAGAACAUUAAAUAGAAUGAAAGGAGUUAAAAAGGAUAGUGAUAUUAAAAUUAGAGAUGAAACUGCUAACAAAAUGUCUAUGUUCUUUGCAUAUUCUUCUCCAAUGAUGAAAGUACUUACUGAAGCAGUCAAUGAAUUUACAAAAGGUGUUAACGAAGAAAUAAAAGACAAUAUUUCUGGUUUACUUUGUACGUUGGCUAAUACUUGUAAUGAUAUGGUAUAUUUUGGCACUUUCUCUAAAGUAGAAACUAAUUUGUUUUGUCUUCGUGUAAUGACCGGAUCAAUUAUUCUCAAUGAUAUCAUUUCUCCUUUAGGUUCUUUCCAUAAGAAAACACCAAUCAGAAUUAAAGAAUGUAUCAUGCAAUUGAAAAAUUAUAACCAAGAAGAUCCUCUCAUUUGUGAGACUACAAAAUCCUUAUUAGAUACGUUAAGAUUUACUUCUAAACAUAUCCAAGAUCCAGAGACUCCUGGCUAUAUUAAGGCUCUGUUAAUUUAA